GCAAAAUCCAGGAAACAGAAACAAGCAACAAUGUGCCUGCACAAACAGGACUGACACUGACUGUCAAAAUCAGCCGUGAAGUUUCGGUUAAACAGAAAUGGGGCCCUUAGCAGUAACUCAGCUUCUUGCCCUGAUCUCACUGAUUGUUGCCAUGGACAACGGAUUGGUGAGGACCCCUCCUAUGGGAUGGAUGGCCUGGGAACGCUUUCGCUGUGAUAUUGACUGUAAAGAUGACCCGAAGAACUGCAUCAGGGAGGACCUGUUCAGGGACAUGGCUGACCGACUGGUUGAAGAUGGCUGGAAGGAGCUGGGCUAUGAGUAUGUGAUCAUAGAUGACUGCUGGAUGUCCAUGCUAAGAGAUGAACACGGGAGGUUGCAACCUGACCCCUCCAGGUUCCCAGGGGGCAUUGAAAAACUGGCAAGGUAUAUCCAUGACCGUGGAUUGAAGCUGGGCAUCUAUGCAGACAUGGGCACUCACACGUGUAUGGGAUUUCCUGGCACCACACUUGAUAAAAUCAACAUUGAUGCCCAGACCUUUGCCAGCUGGGGGGUAGACUAUCUGAAGUUUGAUGGCUGUAGCUCAAAUCCCAUAGAACUCAUGCUGGGUUACCCGCUGAUGUCCAAGGCUUUGAAUGCUACAGGCAGACCGAUCGCCUACUCCUGUAGUUGGCCGGUCUAUGUUGGAGGCCUUCCCCCAAACGUGAACUACACUUUUCUGGGUGAGAUCUGUCACCUGUGGAGGAAUUACGUUGAUAUCCAGGAUUCAUGGGACAGUUUGCAAGGCAUCGUUGAUUGGUUCUCCAACAACCAGGAUGAUUUGCAGCCGGCAGCGGGGCCUGGACGAUGGAAUGACCCUGACAUGCUCAUCAUUGGAAACUUUGGUCUUAGUGUGGACCAGGCUCGCUCUCAGAUGGCUCUGUGGGCUAUAAUGGCUGCGCCUCUCAUCAUGUCUAAUGACCUCCGAAACCUGGACAACAGUGCACGGUUCAUUCUCCAAAACAAAAUGGCUAUUGCCAUAAACCAGGACCCCAUGGGAAUCCAGGGAAGACGCCUUUUACAGGAGAAGAAUCAUAUUGAGGUUUACUGGAGGCCUCUAUCUCAUUCAGCCAGUGCCCUUGUGUUCCUGAGUCGACGGACAGACAUGCCCUCCCUCUACCACACCUCUCUGGCUAAACUCAAAUACGAUGCUGGCAACUAUGAGGCCUACGAUGUGUUUACUGACUCAACGGUGAAAGGGUUGAACGCCACCACAGAGUUUACGUUAUCCAUCAAUCCCUCGGGUGUUGUCAUGUGGUACGUCUACCCAGAACAACAUUCCAAAGAGACGGAAACGCUCCACUACCAGCACAAGAAAGCAUCACAAUUCGCAUUCCACAAAGCUGAACCUGCGCAUCUGACAGUGUUAUAAAGGGCAACUGUCGGUCAGUGGAUAGCAGGGCCAUCUUUCAAUCAGGGUGUUGACGGUUCAAUCCCUGUCCUAGUUGACGUGUCCUUGAGCUAGACACUUAUCCCUGAAUUGUUCCCUGUAGCUGUGUCUACGGUGUAUGAAUGUAACAUGAUUGUAAGUCGCUUUGAAUAAAAGUGUCAGCUAAAUGUAAUGGUGAGAGAAUAAUGCUUUGUUGGAAUUCUAUAGAAUCAUUUAUAGGCUCAAUAAAAGUCAUGUCAGCUUUGACUUAUCAUUGAACAGAUGCUUUUUUGUUAAAAAAAGUCACGAGACUAAACCAAAUUCUCUUCUCUUUUUAAUUGUUUAGAGGUGCCUUUACCUUCAAUUAAAAGAAACAUGUACUAACUGUGA